AUGCGUUUCACCAUCGCUCUCACUACCUUGGUCGCCGCCGUCAUGGCCGCACCUCUCGAUACCCUUGCUGCCCGCCAGGACGAGCUCAACGCCGCCAUCCAGGCCCUCGCUGCCGAGAACCCUGAGGAUGCCGAGGCUGCCAAGGGUCUCCUAGGCCGCGACAUCAACCCUAAUGUCCAGCUCACGAACGACGACGAGCAGGAGGAAGUCUUCGAGCGCGACAUCAACCCCAAUGUUCAGCUUACCAACGAUGAUGAACAGGAGGAAGUCUUCAAGAGGGACAUCAACCCCAACGUUCAAUUGACAAAUGACGAUGAGCAGGAGGAGGUUUUCAAGAGGGACAUCAACCCCAACGUGCAGCUCACCAACGACGACGAGCAGGAGGAGGUUUUCAAGCGCGAAAUCAACCCCAAUGUUCAACUUACCAACGAUGAUGAGCAGGAGGAGGUCUUUUAA